AUGAGUGACGAUCUUAUGGAAAUCGAUAGUAGUAAGUAACGAAUUGGUGUUUAUAUUGUUGGAAUAAAAUACUAACGGACUUUACUAAAUAGAUCUUGAAAAUGAACAACAAAUUGAGUCAAAAUCAAAAUCUUCAAAGCAGAAAUUCGAAGUAAAGAAAUGGACAGCUGUCGCCUUCUGGUCUUGGGGUAUGUAUCACAAUCUAAUAAUGGUACUAUUGAUAUUUAUUUUAUAUUAUGAACUCCUACUAACUUUUUAGAUAUAAUUGUGGAGACUUGUGCAAUUUGCAGAAAUCAUUUAAUGGAACCAUGCAUAGAAUGCCAGCCUAAUACUUUAAAUAAUUCAAAUGAAGAAUGUAUUGCAGCUUGGGGAAUGUGCAAUCAUGCUUUCCAUAUGCAUUGUAUUGCUAGGUGGUUAAAAUCUAGAAAUGUAUGUCCAUUAGAUAACAGAGAAUGGAGUUAUCAAAAAUUUGGUAAUUAA